AUGGCUCAGCCCGACAAUACGGAUGCUGGUGUCCAGGAGGGUGAGGCUGCUGGGGAAAAGAUUCUCGCACUAUGUACCAAGAUCGCCCCCGAGUAUCGCGACCUAUCUGAUUUUGAGGAUGCAAUGGUCGACGAAUUUUGCGCUGUUGGCACAGGCGCAGACCGCGUGGCCUUCAUGCGGUCCGUCAUCCAGGGUUUGAAAUUCCUACUCAGGAAAGGGCGAUAUAAGAUCGUGCUCGUUCUCCUCCAAAAGCUCAAGGGCCUGAGUUCACCAAGAUCUCUAAAAGCUGGAGACGAUAUUUUACCAUUUGCCAUCGCCUCGUGUUUUAGGAGAGAUACCACCCCGUGCGAUAAAGAAGAGAUGAAAUGGCAAAUGUGGGGGCCGUCCGUUCCUGUAGGUGGCAAACUGAUCGAGGUUGUUCAGCUACUACUUGAAAAUGGAGCUGACGUUAGGGCUUUCGACAACCAUGGAAACACGGCUCUCUUCUACGCUUGCAUGCUUGGGCAUUGCAAGCUAUUUCGAAUACUUCUUGAAGAAGGUGCCGAAAUCUCGACGACACAUACCUUUGUCUCGUGGAGGGAUGUGACAUCGCUAAACCUAGUACAGACAACUCUGGAAGCCAUUGUGUGGCAGGAGGUUGAGACGCCUAAGUUCCAUGGUCAUCCCUGGAAUGGGAAGUUGGGAGGUGGUUGGAGACAGAUUGUGAGCGACCUUCUGGAUGCUGGGAUAUCGUGUUCACGCGACGAACCUCACAUGGUCAAACUCCUACACGCGGCCUGUUUUCGAGGGGAGACCUCGUGGGUGGAGAGGCUGAUUGCAUAUGGCGUCCCAAUUGAUCACCCUACGGUCCUUGAAUACAGCAGAGGGAGGUUCUACGCCUCCGCACUUCAUGCUGCGGCCGCGGGGGGGCAAGCACAUGUGGUCCAACUCCUCCUUGACCUUGGGGCCCGGCCCCGAGAUAUGGGCCAGUCGACUUGCGAACAGUUGGAUUGGGAAGCGACUCGUUCGCCGCAUGAAGAUCCGCCGCGCAAGACUCACAACAAACCGGCUCUGGGGAUCGCCAUAUGUGCGACGCAUUCUGCCGCGGAGGGUGUCUGGAGCAGUAGACGGCAUCGAGGAAUCGAGGGUUUAACUUGGGAGAAGUGCUCGAAGCGCUGGGAAACGUGUCGCGUGCUCUUGGAAGUUGAGUCUCGCACAGAGGAUCGUGCUCAGAUGCUUGAGCUAUCUGCUCAAUGUGGCCAUGUCUCCCUAGUGAAGCACCUGCUUCAAAUGGGAAGUAGACUUGACCGCGUCCCCGUUACGAAAAGCUUUGAGACUAUUGAGCUCCUCAUACAGCACGGUUCCGAGUUCGACGCUGCUCAAGCACAACGGUAUGCUGCCCGCAAAAGCGAAUGCGCACUGUUGCAUGACCUCUUCCAGAAAUGGGGCAAUCUCGUGCCUCCUGACGAGCUCGGGCAGCUUGCUACGACAGCAAUCGGUGAGGGCGAUAUCGAAAUGCUCGACGUCCUCGUGUCUUUCCUCAAUAUCAACGAAGCAUUCCGCGUCCGUACCCGGCGAACCGAUAGGGAUAAGAAGAACGAGACACUCAUACAAAUCGCGUGCAGGAGUGGGUCUAUGGCGACAAUAAAUUUUCUCAUUGAGAGAGGCGCCAACAUGGGCUGCUUGGAAACAGGCAUUGGCAAUAAUGCGUUGACGACUAUAGGAAAGAGGCUCAAAACGCAGAUACAAAGCACAGAUCGACUAUGGGAGCUGUGGAAUUUCGUCCAGCUACUGGAGCGUCAUAUGCCGGAGGAAGGGCAAAAGAUGCGAGAACAGUGGAGGGUCAAGGCUCAAUGCCGUGCGCCCAUCCAUACUGUGAUCACCAACAAGGACCAAGUGCUCGACUUAGGGAUUCCAAUCGACUCACAUAACCCGGAAACCAAAUCAUUGUUGCCAAUCGACAGAAUAAUUGGCCAGGAUUUUGUGCACACGCCUUUGACCGGACGCGAUGGGUUCCGCACAUUGAUCCUCCACGCCGCAACGGACUCCGGAUUCCUGAUCGAAUGUGAGCUCGUUUCGUCCGAUCUAAGUCUUGCCCCAGACUAUGAAGCACUUUCGUACGUCUGGGGCGACAACUCUGUGCCCAGAUACAUCAAGCUGGACAGCAAGGUUCUUCAAAUUACGCCCAACUUGUACGAAGCGCUGCUCGCAUUUCGGCUAGAGUCCAAACCACGACACUUGUGGGUGGAUGCCAUCUGUAUCAACCAGUGCGACAUCGGGGAGCGCAACCAGCAAGUCACUCUCAUGAGAGAUAUUUACAUGAACGCGAGCAGAGUCCUCGUAUGGCUAGGAAAAUCAGGUGAAGACUCCCACCUAGUCUUUCAACACCAUGCACAAUGGCGGCAGGAAUAUAAACUCCGCGGCUCUCCCGUAGAGGAGUCAAAUCCACCAGCGUAUAAAGGGUCAACACUCACGGCAUUUCAUAGGCUCUGUCAGCGACCUUGGUUCUUCCGGACAUGGGUGAUUCAGGAAAAAGCUCUCAGCAAAGCAGCCAUUGUCUGUUGUGGAUCCGAUUCAGCUGCUUGGAACGAUAUUUUCAGGCCGUUAAUCAGGCACAUAGAGCCCGCCUACUACCCUAUUCGUGGCCUAGACUACCAAAUUCGAGCACGUCAGCUUCACGACUUACACGGAUUGAGGGACGCUGGUGGCACCGGCCCGGGCGCGUAUCGAUCGGUGCUCAAGUACAGCCAGUUCUCUCAAGCUACGGAUCCAAAAGAUAAGGUCUACGGCAUAUUCGGUCUACUGAAACGUGGACUUAUGUCAGUUGAGUACGGGCUAGACGUCCAAGAAAUCUAUUGCAAAUUCACCCAGGCCAUCAUCCAGGAGGCUGGCAGCCUCGAUCUCUUGAAUUUGUGUGGAACAAAGCAUACCAUACCAGGUCUUCCUUCCUGGGUCCCAGAUUUCAGCGCAAGGCGUUCCUCGUGUCACCUUCCCGGUCAUACAGAAAGUCUCCACCAUGGAAAGUGGGAGUGGCUGGAUAGUUGUCUGACCAAGGCCUCACCCGGGCUGAGAUUCCGUAAUGAUGACAUGGAGCUCAUAAUCAAGGGUAAGGCUGUCGACACUGUUCGAUUUAUUGGUAAUGAGCUGCCCGCCAGCAAAGAAUACGCGCUCGGUACAGACGCAUGCUUGCGACUCCUCUUAGGAUGGGAAAGUCUUGCUGCCAGCGCCGUGUCGACGAAGGACUCAGAAAUUGGCAGGAUGUCGGUCGACCCACGCACCACAGCAUCCGAUGUGUUCGGGUGGUCACCCAUAGGAGGCGUACUAUGGUACAAACAAUAUGGGACGGGUGCGCUCGGUUCGAAAGAGCCUCAAUACUUCGAGGAUGUGGAAUAUUGCACGGAACUAGGCCUGGGAGGCGUGGACGAGAGCUCAUUACAAAAGACGUGUGAAAGAUAUUACAGAUCGUAUGUCAACGAAUUUGAGAAGGCUAGUUAUGGGAGGAAGCUGUUUGUUACCGAGGGAGGGUCUCUGGGGCUUGCUGAUCCGGAAGUGCAGCCAGGGGAUAAGAUUGUCUACCUUCCUGGUUCCACUUACCCUUUCGCCGUUCGGCUAUGUGAAGGGGAUACGUCAACUCUUCUAGGAGAUUGUUAUGUGCAUGGCUUAGAUGUGAUCGCGCUGUUUGGCGAUCCUGAGCGGCCUUUGGUAGAGUAUAUCUUCCGCUAGUAAUCGUCUAAUCAUUCGAACCACACUUACUCGGUUCCGCCUUCAUCACUAACCUCCG